CGUUUGUCCUGACCUCAACGAAAAUAACGGUUUUUUUUUAUUAAAUAUAUAUCAUGUUUACAAAAAGUGCUUUCGGUGGUGGUGGUGGUGGAUUUGGUCAGCAACAACAACCUACUAAUUCUCUUUUUGGUCAACAAACUCAACAACCUCAACAACAACCAUCCGCUUUCGGUGGUUUUGGUACUACUAAUACUACUGGUGGUUUUGGUACUACUCAAACGACAAGUGCUUUCGGUCAACCUGCUCAACAAACAACAAGUGCUUUUGGCCAACCUGCUCAACAAACAUCUGCUUUUGGUCAACCUACUGCGGGCGCAUUUGGUUCUACUGCUAACACUGGCUCUGCUUUUGGUCAAAGAACUUCUGCUUUUGGUUCUCCCGCUCCUUCUGCAUUCGGUACAACUCAACCUGCAUCAACUGGAUUUGGUAGUGGUGGUAGUGCUUUCGGUGCAGGAUCGAAUACUACAACUUCAGCAUUUGGUGCACCUGCUACACAAACUACUGGUGGAUUGUUUGGUCAACGACCUGCAACUACUAGUGCUUUUGGUUCAACUCCUACAACAAGUGCUUUUGGUCAACCUCAACAAACUUCAGCAUUCGGUGGAGGAACAACAACAUCAGCUUUUGGUCAACCUGCUGGAGGUGUUGGAAAUCAAGGCACAGCAGUAGCUGACUUUGCUCCCACUCAAGAUCGUGAUGUAACAACAGGUGUGAAUAACUUUUUCCAGACGGUGACUGCUAUGCCUCAAUACAAAAACUAUUCUAUUGAAGAACUAAGAUUACAAGAUUACAGUCAAAACCGAAAAUCAGGAACUGCUCAACCUACAACUGGUACUGGAUUUGGUGCAGCUACUGGUGGUUUUGGUACACCUGCUACAUCUACUCCUUUUGGACAAACUACUUCAGCAUUUGGUACACAACAACAACAACAACCAAGUGCCUUUGGUCAACAACCUGCAACAAAUGCUUUUGGUACCCAAACUGGAGGUGGACUCUUUGGUCAACAACAAUCUACCACUGGUACCACUGGAUUUGGUCAACAACCUACAACGAAUGCGUUUGGAUCUUCUGGAUUUGGAACAGGUCAACAAACAGGUGGUUUUGGUGCUACUGCAAGUAAUGCUGCAAAACCAUUUUCAUUUGGUACUCAAAAUACUACUACUGGUGGAUUUGGUACCACUACUGGUGGAUUUGGGCAAACACAACCUUCUACUGGUUUUGGACAAACAAAUCAACAACAAACACAAGCUACUGGUGGAUUUGGAUUUGGACAAAAACCUGCUACUACAAUGGGAGGUGGAUUUGGAACUGGAUUUGGUACUGGGGGUACUACUGGUGGAUUCGGAGCUACUGCUGCUAAACCUGCUACAUCAUUCUCAUUUGGAACAUCUGCUGCACCUGCAACUUCUACACCUGCUACUGGAUUUGGUGGCUUCAAUACUACUGGUACUACUACUGGUGGCUUUGGUCAAACACAACCUUCUACUGGAUUUGGAACUGGUGCUACUGGUGGAGGACUUUUUGGAGCCAAACCUGCUACUACUACAGGUCAAACAACAAAUCUUUUUGGCGGUACUUCCCAAGCAACAACGACACCUUCAUUUGGUGGAUUUGGUACUACUACUCAGCAACCUUCCACUGGAUUUGGAACUGGAGCUACUGGUGGUGGACUUUUCGGUAAUAAGCCAGCUACUACACAGCCUACUAGUGGCUUCUCGUUUGGUAAUACUCAAUCUACGACUGGAGGUGGAUUUGGUGGAUUUGGUGGAUUUGGAACACAACAACAACAACAACAACCUGGCACUGGUUCAUUCACUUUACCAGCUACUGGUGGCCUAACUUCAUUUGGUACCAGUGGUUUACAACCUGGACAACAACCCAUGGUGGCUACAGUGGAUAAAAAUCCUUAUGGCAACAAUCCAUUAUUUAAUACCACUACACUUCCACAACAACAACAGCAACAACAGCAACAGCAACAACAACAACAACAAAAUGGCACUGGUCAAGUAAAUAAAGCAGGACCUACAGCAACUCCUGUUGAUGGUAGUGUAUCAAAAUUGACCACUACUCCUCAUUAUCCUAUUUCCCCUCGUGUUGUGUCCAAAAUCAAGUUACGUGGUUUCUCCUUCAACCCAGCCAGCAAACCUACAACCAAGAAGGCAAGUGAUUUAGGUGGUGUUAGUGAUUUGGAAGUUCUCAAGUCUGGUGCUUUCACUCCUCGUUCUGCCAAUCGAAAGGUGGUAUUUGAUAAAGUGGAUUCCAACAAAGUGACCUCUCUCGUCAGUUCUGGUGAUGAAGAAAAUAAGAGUAAAUCAAGUGCUCUCUUUGCUCCCGGUCUUGGACUCAAAUCUGCUCCAGAAACUUCUUUAUCUGACCAACGCGCUCGUACAGUCAAUACCACUUCAGCAAGUCCUCAAUCUCCCGCCAAAAGGAAUGAUGAUGGUGAUGUUAGUGUAGCAAUCAAGGAAGGAUACUAUUGUUCACCUACGUUGGAUGUAUUGAAAGCUAUGACUCAAGAUGAACUGAAAAAAGUGGAAGGAUUCAUAGUAGGACGACGUGGAUAUGGUGAAGUCCAAUUUAAUCAACCUGUUGAUCUUUCCUCAGUGGAUUUGAAUGACAUUAUGGGUGGCAUUGUGGUUUUGACUUUGAAGAGUGUUGCCCUUUAUCCCGAUAUCAGCAAGAAACCUGCCUUUGGUAAGGGAUUGAAUGUCUCUGCUACUGUGAAAUUGGAAAACUGUUUCUCUGUUGACAAGGUUACCAAAGAAGCUAUCACUGAUCCUGAACAUCCUCGAUUCCUUUUGUUUUUGGAAAAGCUUCGUCAUCGUGCUGGAACAACUUUUGUGGAUUAUGAUGUUGCUACUGGUACUUGGACAUUCAAGGUAGAUUCGUUUUAAUCAAGGGAAAUCAUUAUAAUAUCUAGUUAGGAAUUAGUUUAGUUCUUUUUUUUUUUACAUAUAUUAUAUAUAUAUCACCCCGUUCUUCUUCCUCUCCCCUCUUCCCACUUUAGUAUUUUUUUUUUUAUAUCCUUUUUAGCUUUAUUUUUUUUUUCUUCUUUACAUUUUGGAUCACCUACUUCACUCUCUCCCUUUCUUUCCCUCCCCACACACACACUUUUCUUUCACAUUCACACAUAUAUUUACACCAUACACACUCAUACAGAAGUUCAUUAUUUUAUCCAAUAAAAUUUGGAAGAUGCAUCGUUA